AAGACUUUGAUCAUCCCUCGGCUGUUUUUAGAGGGUGCCCGUAUUAAAGCAGUGAUGGAUGGGCCAGUGGUAUCCAAUAUUGAUAAGAUUGGAGCUGAUCAUGUCCAGAGUCUAUUACUGAAACAUUGUGCAAGUGUGGUUGCUAAAACUAGGCCGGCCCCAGAUCUGGUGGAGCAAUACAAAGCAGAUUAUGGUUAUCUGGGCACUAUGCUUUGUUCACAUGUGGUGAAGGCACGUGCACAGGCUGCCUUUCAGGCCCAAACUGUUAACAGAACCACACUCACUAUCACACAGCCACGUCCGACUUUGACAAUGUCUCAGAGUGGAUUGUCAACAUCAGGUGGUUCACGUACACCCAGCAUAAUUAAAGUACCCAGUUCACUUACCCUCAUGUCUACUCGACCUGGAACACCCACUCAGCCAUCACCCCCAGCAACAAAGUAUAUUGUUAUGGCAACAAGUGCAGGGGCUGCAUCCACACAGCAGGUAAUCACUCUCAGCUCCUCUCAGUCUGGAUCCCCUGUCACAAGUACGGUCACCAGCACACCAGCAAGUCUACAGCCACUUGUCAAACUGGAGUCUGGAAAUCCAGGUGCUGUGGGCAGCUCACGCCCAAUCCAGAAAUAUAUUGUGGUGUCUUUGCCUUCAUCCUCUUCAUCAAUGGAUAGUAAGGGCUCAGGUGUCCUUUCCUCUUCUACCUCACCUAUAAGCAUGGAGUCUGCAGUCAAGCUGGAAUGUUCAGAAUCACCAGCCACAGGCACACAAUUGCCACAUUGACACUCUCGCUCUUGCUUAUGCCAUCAGGGUACAGAUCAACAAUAAAUGUAGCUUGAGGCUUAUCAAAGUGCUUAAAAACAAACAUACACACAGAUACACAAAUACAUGUCACAAACACACAAUACAGUUGUGGCUGCAAGCACAUAGAGGCUGUUACAGUGACAUCUAUACACACAAACAUGUUAAGGAACCUUUAUUGUGAUUUGAGAUGAAAGCACACGACUGGGUUCUGCUUUUGAGCUCCUAGCUUUAGCUGUAGUUUAGCUGUCUUUCAUGUACAUGAGGAUAUAUUUGCAUAUGUAACAAGAGAAAGAAUGAUAGAUGUGGAUUCUCUGGGUAGGAGUCAAUGGGUCCACCAUUAAAUUACAAUGUGUUUGAUAAUUGGGCAUUUGUUGGGUUUAACAAUUUAAUUGAUUUACAGUUUCAAGUUUAUUAUUAUCUUCUAUAAUAAAGAUGGUUUUAAAAUGUG